AUGCACUUACUGCACAUUCUCCUAGCCAGCCCAGUUGCUGCAGCAAUUUUGGCAAAACAAAAUUGCAGAGCCACCCCCUCGGAUGCAAGCUGGCCGUCCACCGAAGAAUGGGCUUCUCUCAACGCAUCCAUCGACGGGACACUGCUCCGUACCGUGCCGGCAGCCUCCUCUUGCUGGCCCGGUAACCCAUUCGACUCUAAACUCGACUGUGAGGACGUUUCGAACGCCUGGGGGAAUGGCACAUGGCAUUCGAUGCAGCCGGAAUCAGUGGAUUAUCCCUUGUAUGCCAACAACUCAUGCCUUCCCGAUAAGGCCUCGGGCUACUCAGCCGAACGAGGAUGUACCAUUGGAGGACUAGCUCAAUAUAUUGUGAAUGCAACAACCGAAGACCACAUUGCCACAGCAUUGAAGUGGGCCUCCGAACGUAACAUCCGUGUUACCGUCAAAGGGACUGGACAUGACCUCAACGCCCGAUCCACAGGUGCUUACUCACUUUCCGUCUGGACGCGCAACUUCCGGUCCAUUGUACGCAACCAAGCAUGGAGCGCUACAAAUGCGUCAAGCACAGAAGAUGUGCUUGUCGUGGGCAGUGGUCAGCAAUGGGGCAAUGUUCUGAAAGCAGCAUUGGCGCAGGGCAGAGUCGUCACGACUGGUCAGGACCCUAGCGUCGGCCUUGGUGGAUAUAUACAAGGGGACGGUCAUGGACCGCUGGCUGCCACCCACGGAUUGGCUUCUAAUCAAGUUCUCCAGAUGACUGUGGUCACCACCACGGGAGAAAUUCUGACUGCAAACGACGUCCAGAACCAGGACCUCUUCUGGGCGCUCCGCGGAGGUGGACCUGGUCAGUACGGCGUUGUCACAGAGUACGUGAUCAAGCACCACCCUGCGCCUGCGAAUGUUGUGACCGGGUCACUUCUGCUGGUUCCAGCGGACAGCUCGAAUAGCAGCAAGCAAUUGUCGUGGCAAGCAGCAGCCGCGUUCCUCGGCGAACUCCCCGAUCUGAUGGACGCUGGAAUGGCCGGUGCGGCCACCAUUGCGACGGGAGUGAGCGCUACAAAGUUCUUUCCGACGUCCAAUAUCCAAGUACCAUUCACGGGAGCAGCUCUCAGCCAAAUAUUCUGGGCCUUCAACACCUCUGCCGAGGCGAUGGAAGCACUUGUCCGGCCAGUCGUCACGAAGCUUCAGAAUAAAUAUAACAAGAGCAACAGCAGUCUCAGCAUAAGUUUCAGCGCUGGAGCUCCCAGUAAUUACUCAACCUUCUUUAGCGCCAUCUCUGGUGAUAAUGCUGCAGGCGCCGAGAGCGUAGUCUCAAGCCGUCUGCUUGGCCGGCACGAGCUCAACGACACUCCUAACGAGCAGGUAGUUUCAUACCUGAAAACUGUGCUGGCAUCUAAAAACGAAACAGCGGGAUCAUUCACCACGAUCGGACUCUCGGGCGGCCCUGGCGUCAUCAACGCACCUGAGGAGCGCUGGGGUGCGCUUCUGCCCGCCUGGCGCUCCACAUACCUUCACAUGAUCGCCACUGGAGCUAGCGCCGACUCGGUUGAUGCUGGGUCACCAAAGGCUACAUUACGAGAGGCUGCUGAAUGGUAUGAGGAGGUCAAGGAGCCAAUGUGGAGGGAGUGGAGCCCGGAUUCUGGCGCGUACCUGAAUGAAGGUAACCCUUACACCAAGGACUUCCAGAAAACUUUCUACGGAGACAACUAUGAGAAGCUGCUUGGUAUCAAGAGGAAGUAUGACCCGACAGAGACCCUGUAUAUCCUGUCGGGCGUAGGAACCGAGAACUGGGACUACGACUUAGACACCGCCAGGGUUAGGAUCAUCCACUUAUUCGCCACCCAGCGGCUUCAGAUGACGAAGUCCGACUCCCCGAAAUCCGGUCAGCUGCCUUUCGACGAGAUAACAAGCACAGAAUUGGGUCUCGAGGACGACAUCUUAAGUCCUGAUAUGUCCCCGGCGCAGGAUCGUUACCUAAAUGGAAUCCCAAAAUGGAUGAGACAGUCGGGACCCAGGUCCUCGACAACAAUACUCGACCGAAUUCGCUAUGAGGUCAUCCCGACCAUCACAAAAUGGACCAGAGCAGCUAUAUAUCGUCUUACACCUUUAUUAUCAUCGCUCCUUCGGCCGCGCUUCACCGUCCGCUACAUUCUCUUCUCUAUCGUCGCACUAUGGGUGACCUACCGCUUCCUGAUCUCACAGCCGCUGUUCGCCUCCAAGCUCCCCGGAUACACCGGGCCAUACAGCGUCGGAGCCGUCGAUAUUGAGUAUCCGCUUGAGGCACCGAGGCGGGUCAGCGAUGCCAAAUUCAAGUCCAAGUCUGGGGUCGGCUAUGCUUUCGAGGUUGAAACCGUGCUGUUCACGCUGUACUAUCCGACGUCACACACGGCCAGAGCUUCGACGGCUGAAAAGUACUACUGGUUCCCGAAGCCUGUAUCAGCGACGGCAAAGGGGUAUGCCCGUUUUCUUGGGAUGGACAACUUCCUUUUCAGAAAUGUUCUCACUGGUGGCCUGUGGCUGGUAGCCAGCGGCAUCCAAAUUCCAGCCAAAGUCGGCGCGCCUCUCAUCCCACCGGCCGAGCUUCUGAACCUGAACGGCACCAGCGGGGACCUGGCCAGUGUAGCGGACCAAGACGAGGAUGGGCGCAAGCUACCACUUAUGGUCUUCACUCACGGUAUGCUGAGCUCCAGGACCGACUACACCCACUACCUGGGCGAGCUAGCCAGCCGCGGCGUUGUCGUCGCCGCGAUCGAGCACCGGGACGGGUCGUCUCCCGCAAGCCCAAUCAUCAAGAAAGGGGAGGAUGGAUCACCGCGGUGGAGAUACGCCUUCGGGCUGAAGGACCUGGAGCCCCCCUCCGACGGCUCCGGCAAGCUCGACACCCCAGCCCUCAAAGAAGCCCAGCUCUCCUUCCGCGAGGCCGAGAUCGAGGCCACCGUGGACGUGAUCCGCGCGCUCAACUCGGGCGCAGCGUCCACGUCCUUCCCCAACGCCCGCCAGCCACGCAACAUGGACAUGUCCAGCUUCAAAGCCCGCCUGAACACAACCCACCUCACUCUCGCAGGCCACUCCUACGGCGGCACGGGCGUGCUGCGCGCCCUGCGUCCCAGCCCGAACCGCGCCUCCAGGCUGCCCUUCUCGGGCGCCGUGGUCCUCGACCCGGGCAAGCAGAGCGGGCCGCUCAACGCCGACGUCUCGGUGCCGCUGGCCAUCUGCCACAGCAGCACGUGGAGCCGGCCCGGGCCGAGCCUGUUCCACGGGCGGCCGCACUUCGAGGUGGUGCGGGACAUCGCCGAGGGCGUCAACAACCGCACAGCGGGGGGGAAGUCAGAGAAGGAGGGCGGCGGCAAGGACGGCCACGAAGGGGGAGGCUGGUUCCUGACGUCUCUGGGGACGGCCCACCCGUCCAUUACGGAUGCGCCGCUGCUCGAGCCGCUGCUGCUGUCGUGGGCUACGGGGUCGACCAUGGACGGGCGCGACGGGAUCAUGCAGUACGUGCUUGCUACUAGGGACUUCGUGCGGUACCAGCACACGGGCGAGCGGCUGGGCGUGUUGGGAUUGUCCGGGAGGAACAAGGAGGACGGCGGCGCGAUCAGCAGGGAGUACGACCCUCAGCACAACGACGGGAUGCCAGAGCAGUGGCGGAAAUACUGGCAGAUCCACGUCGCACCGGUAUGA